AUGUCGUCGACGAGCAGCAUCUGCUCCUCUAAUGACGCCAACGACUUCAUCGUCGACACGAGAAUCCCGGCGUCGAUCCGAAGGGACAUCGACAGAUUCUCAGUGUUUAUCAACCGACUGCGCUCCACUUUGGAUCUGAACUCUUCGGUUGUGGGUGAGUGGUUAUUGGAAGAUCGACAUGCAGUUACCAGAAUGUUGCAGACGGCGAGUCGAUGUGUGUGAACGUGCACGCUUCGCUCGAGAUGGUCUCCGAAUCGAUGCGCGAUUUAUUCAAAUACUCGCAGUUCAAGACGAAUCCCAUCAUUCUGCUUUCUCUUCAACUCGUGCAAGCCGUCAAAGGUAUGAGUGCGUCGCGCGUGCGAUUGAGGGCUCUUCUCCACAUUUCUCAUUAAAUUUCUCUCUUUUGGAGAGAGCGAGAAGUUGUUUUAUGUGCAUCAUCACCCGAAUACUAAACGCAUUUCAUUAGGCCAAUGUUCAUUUCAUUUUCGUCAUUAUCUCCUCGUUGUUUUUCUUUUUUGGAGAGAAAGGAGAGUUGCAACAUUUCAAGUUGUCUAACUUUGUCCGUCUGAAAACACUAUCUGUUCCAGACCUGAAAUUUGAUACGUGCUCGGUGGAUACGACGCCGGUGCUGAACAUUAUCGAUCAGUUGGAAUCAGCUGUUUUAAACAUCAUUCUGUGAGUUCCCGCCACCUUCUUCUUCCCUCGCUCGCACAUUUUUUCCCACCUCGUUCCCCCAUUUUUCUCUUCUCUUUCUCUCGAUUUCAACGAGAAAAAGGUUGGAAGAGAUCAAAAAGUGCUGCGAGAUUCGGAGAGAGAGAGAGAGAGAGAGAUGGAAUUGAGUAUGGAACGAGGACGGAAUUGGAUCAGGUCGGUUCCCGUUUCCAUGUUCUUCUAGGGUCGGAGCCAGUGUAGAAUGCCCCUCUCAGAUGAUAUGCAAACCAUCAUAAUAUCAUUUUAUCGCCCCAUUCCCAUCAAUUCUUCCUCCGCCAAAAAGCGAAAAAGUUUAUUACACGACGGGGCUCAGUCGUGUCGCAUUUGCAUGGGAAUAUCGAUCCGUUCCCAUCGUUCCGAUCGAACGAAAUGCGGUUCCGAAUGUCCCGAAUAUUCCACGUUUUGAGCAGGAGGAAGCGGUGAUCCCAGAUUCUGAUUCCAUUCCCAUUUCACGUGCAAAAUGCUUCCAGAAACCGUCACAUUGUCUCGUCAGUGCAUCACACUCCGAGCAGAAGUUCCACGUUGGGACGGUGGAAACAGAAUGUGAGUCUGAGUCAUCCGAAUGUGUAACUGUCAGAAGAAGAAAAAGCGAUCCAGGCACAUGUUUUUGGUGCUUCUUUCCUCGUUUAUACACACACACACAUUUUGUUUGUGUAUGUGUCAAUCCGGGGUGCCCGUUUUACCCCUUUCCCUUCUUCUUCUCCUUCUUGUUCCUCUCCAUCUUGUUCCCUUAUUAUUCAUAGUUGCUCUUCUCUUUUGCCCUCUAAACUAUUCCCCGGUAUUCUCGGAAAUGUGGUCUCCGUCUCCAAAGUAUCGUUGUUAUACGCGGGUGAGUUAGUCAUACUGUAGGCGACGACGAAAGAACGCAACGGAUUCGUUUCGAGUAUGAAUCAUGAAUAGCACAAAUUCACAAAUGUUUGUAUCCCCUUCCGUUUUCCAGAAUUCGACGGAUUCGUACCUCCGCCACAGCGGCCCGAUCACUGCCGUUUCGCAGACUUUGCAAAGGAGGCACUCGACUCAUCAGACCCAUCAGGAGCCAAAUGACCGUGAGUUUCCGGCUUCGAAUUUCGAAAACAAGUUCCCCGUGUUCUAUUUCCGUCUUCUGCACUUUUCAUUUGUUUAUACUCUCCGUUGCCACGUCAUUUCACAUAGAAACAUUAUAAUGAAAUGAAUGUCUGCCUUGAAAACGAAACGAAAAGUAAAAUACUGUUUGCAGAGUCUACUGACAAAGUGAUGGAAAUCGACAAGCUUCUGAUCUCGCGCGCCGACGGAGUUGACGUGGCAUUCGAGAGGACGAAGGCGUGGAGCACCUACUGCAAAGACGUGAUCUCGUACGUCCGAGCACGCAUCCAACUGGAGCAGGACCACGCUCGGAAAGUGCACACACUCGUGGACACUUCCAGAAGGGACAUUAACAAGCCGUUCAUGCCGCUCAGAGAGAUAUUCGAGAACUCAUUCGACACGGAAGUGGAGAUGGUCGCGCACACGAAGGAAACGACGGAGCAUCUGAGGGAUCGGGUCGUGGAAGCGCUGGAUGCUCGACGGAAAGAGCACGAUUCGGUGAGGAACGCGGUGAAAGUGGAGUGGACGAAGUCGAUGAAAGGAUUGGUAGGAGAGGGAUUCAUAAGAUGUUGCGAGAAGGUAAAUGUUUCAGCACGACUGCGAAGAAGCCUACGAGAAGGCGAAGAUUGCGUUGCGAAUGAGGGAAGAAGCACUGAAGAAGGCGAGGGAAAGCUGUCUGCGAACGGAGAGUUCUCCUCCGGAAAGGGAGGCGUCCCGACGACGGCGGGAUCUGGACAAGAAGAAUCGGGCAGUCGAAGAGGCGAUGAUCAAGGUGAGACAUGGAUUUUGAGUCCCAGGUGCCCCGAUUCACCUGCUCUUCAACGUGCUCAAACUAUGAUUUGUGUCUUGUUUCAGAAGGAAGAAUCCGAGCGGCAGGUGAUGUCCAUCACGACGGAGCUGCGGAAAAAGAGGAGGGACAUCGAUAAGACCAAGGUUAGUCUCUUGCUCGGAUCAGAAGCUGUGGGAAGGGGGAAAACGUCGUCCGUUGGAAUGGGGAAGUCUUCCGCUCUCUUCCUCCAAUAAACUGACUCGGUCCGUUGGCAAUUGGCACGAGUUCCCUUCUUCUUCUCUCUCUCUCUCUUUCUUUCUUUCUCUUUCCACCCAUGAAACUCAAUAGGCAGCAAAAAGUGCUGCAAUAAUUGAUAAGGCGGUCGUCGCGGGGCGGCCGACUGCGUGGGAAACCGCCGUCGUCGCGCGCAGUCUGCUGAAUUUUAGAGUGACGUGGCAGCGAGAGAGGGGCUCCGUUGAGCAGUCGCAAGUUCAAUUUCCCGGCCAGUUUCCGUUUUGAAAGCCCUCCUUUCACUUCGAAUUAAUUUCCUGUCAUCUUUCUACUCAGAAUCCACUCCACGCAAUCUCCACUCAUUCUGAGCCGUCCACUCUGCUGCAGUUGACAGUCUUUCCAAUUUCUCCUCCAAUUUCCCCUGUGCUACGUGACAUUGUGAAUGCCACGUCAUAAAAUGAUGACGUGAUGGCUUCUCGGUGUGAAAUGCGAUAUCCAUAGUGUGAGAAUAAUGGGACAUUUGGGGCCAGGAAACGACGGGCGUGAGAGCCGACUCCCGGCCACAUCCGGUGACGACGAAGAAGAAGGACUGUUCCUCCUUCUCUUCUCGAGUAUUCCAUUUGAUAUUUAUCCGCUCCUUCUCUUUCUUUCUCUUCAUCUUCAUCAUCAUCAUCAUCAUCAUCAUCAUCAUCUGCAUCCGUGCUCCCGACGACGUCGUCCACGAGUAAUCAAGUUUUGGUGUGCAGCAGAAGAGUGCAAACAGUGUGCGAGACGAAGAGACGCACACAUUUCCCGUUUUCGGGAGAAAAAGAAGAAGCAGCAGAAGCACGCGACGACGUCGAUGAAGAAGAAGAAGAAAAAGAAGGAUUUGGAGUAGGAGGAGAUGAUGAUGAAAAGUCAUCAAGUCAUCCGACGAUGAUGAUGAUGAUGAGAAUGAAAAUUUGCCUAUCAUCUCCAACUUCGCAGGUCCGCACUGUCUCGCUUUGUUGUAAUAAUCCUAAAUUGCGGCGGUCCCUUCGUGCUCUUCUCAUCUUCAUCCGUUUCUCCACUAAUUAUUGAUUGUGACUCGGUCGGCUUCUCCUCUUUUUAUAUAUAUUUUUUUCUUUCGCUCACCUUUACCGCCAAUGGAAUUUAUGGAAAUCAGAUUCUGAGGCGUUUCCAUUGGAAGACUGUGAGCAUCCGGCUCCAAAUCAUGUUUCUUCUCGCCGCCCAACUUUUCGCUCGCCGCUCUAGCGCCCCUCUCCUCGUCGUCCCAAAUUGGUGUCACCUCGAUGGAUGCAGUCCAUAAAUCGUCCUUUUUUUCGGGCGGCCCGAGCUUUUUCUCCCCCUGUGCUCCCAACUUUUCUUCCGUUUCUCCCUCUCUUUCUCUCCCCCCAAAUGAACCUUUUUCGGGGGCAAACGAAGAAGACCUCUCUCGUUUUUCCCUUUUACUCCUCUCAAUUCAUAAGUUUUUCUCUUAUUCAUAUCCCGUUUUGAGGUCCUUUCCCUCCUUCUUCUUCUUCUUCUUCUGCUUCUCAUGUCGAUAUUCAUUCGUCGCUGUUCCAUUCACCCUUUUAUUUUCAGUCUCUCUCGUCGUUAGCUCGUCUCUUAUUGCCCGUUCCUUUCCCAAUUUAUUGGGACCAAAUUGCCCCGACUACGGGAUAAAAAUGGGAGAGAAAGAGAGAGAGAGAGAGUGACCUAGUUAGCUUCCGUGUGUUUUUUCUGGAAUUACUGUAGUCACCUUCUUCUUCCUCUUCUUGAAUGUGCUACGUAGAAGAACGUCACUUGGGUAGGUCACAUUCUUGGCUUUUGUAGUUCUGAACACAUUCUGAUCACACGCUCGAAUCCACAUAGAUCACCCAGUCUCUUGCCACGUGCUUCAAUGCUUUGCUGCUCGAUUUUCUCUGAGAGACCCGCGAGUACGGUAUCAAUUAAAGAUUAUCCGAUUCUGAAAAAGAUUGAAAGUCUCUUCUUCUCAUACUUUUUAUUGUUGUUACGCAGUAGAAAACGGGACGACGACGGCCCGUCGCACGACAACAAAACGUGUCGCUUCUUCUUCUUCUGCUUCUUCUUCUUCGCCUUCUUCUUCUUCUUCUUCUUCUUUUCCGUCGUCCCCCACGUCUUUGCUUCUUCUGCUCCUCAAAACGCCUCAUCCUCACGUUUAUUUAUAGAAUCAUCGUCGUCUCGCUUUUCGUCGUCUUUUUCAGAAUCCGCCUGAAAUCGCGAGCCCGACAACCUCUCAUUCAGUCAUUUUUUGCCCGAAGUAUCCAAUUUCGGAGGGGCGCAACUUCCUCCCGUUUUGGCUCCAGAAUACACAUUCAUAGAGUGUGUAGAUGGAGGAUAAAUCCGAGAUUUCUCAAUGAAUUGAUAUCCGAUACUCGCCUGCCUUUUCCCCCGUUUUCUAGGUUUCUUUUUCGUUUCUCGCGCUCAAAAACUGUGAUUUUUGAUGUAGAUAUGUACACCUUCGGAUACAAUCCAGGUAUUUCCGAUUCCCGCUAAUUAGAGUUUCGCAAACAACUCUUUUUGGAGUCUCAUUCUCCCAUUCCGCCGUAAUCCGCUCCAGUUCGAAUCUGAUUCGCAUCAAACGUCUCUGACUUCUAACUCAAAUCCAAGAUGACAUUUUCUAAUCAUAUGCUCACUCCGUUUACCUUCUUAUUAUCUGACAUCAAACAAAGAUGGACGCAAAACGAAAACAGCGGGGAAUCGUCAUUUUUGAGUCGCAACUUUUUCAUUUCACUCUAACUGAUUGAAAGUGUCCUCGAAAAGUUUACGAUCGGAAUCAUAUGAGAACUUCUUCUUCCUUUUUCAUCUCCCGUCACUUUUCUUCCCAAUUUUGCACCGAAACAACCAAUAUUCUCCGCUGUCAGGUCAUUUUCCCCUUGCUCCUUUAUCACAUCAUCCAUCGAAUCCACCCUGUCUGUGCCAAACAAAAAGAGCGACAACACCUACUCGAUAAUAUGUUUUCCCUUUGGGAAUUCCUUUUUGGACGAACAAAACCGAUAGCGCGAGAAUAACAGUGAAUUUGUGUUUCAGGAGAGCAUAAUCGAACGGCUCCGUGAGCUCAUCUUUCAGUGUGAGCAGACGACCAAAGCCUGCACAGUUCACUACUUUACCGUGAGUUUUCACCUUUCAAACAACAAAGAAACAGAUCAGAAUUAGUUUUGUCCAGUUGAGACACUCCUCGCUUUCGAAAUGACAAAGAAAAACUGAAAAACUCUGGUGAUUCAUCAUCUUUCGGGUCACAAGAAUAACCACCAAGUGAGGGGGCGAAUUUAAUUAAACCGCUCUCAUUUCUCUGCUGAAUUCGCUCAUCGGUAGUGUCCUUAAUGAAAAGGCACAUGAGCCGAAGCCGGCCACAACUUUUCUCUGUUUACCGGGUCAUUUCUCAUUUUGGCGAGCAGCGAAAGCGGCAGAAAUGGUAAAGGGCAAGCUCAUUAAUGGUACUGAGUUUCGUGUCGAAUCGACGAUUUUGCAGUCACUGGCAGCACUUUGGGCGCGAUUGCCGGGAGCGUUUCACGAGCUGUCGAAUGCGACAAGGGACUACCAGCCGGGCACCGAGUACAUGGCAUUCCUGCAGACUCUGCCCACUCGUGCUGCCAGCAGUAGCAGUCUCGUCAGGUAUCCUUUCCCCCCACUUUCCAACUCUUCUCUCCUUUCUCAGAUCGGAUCGCUCGAUCGACGAAGGUGUCGCUUCCUGUGACGGCUCCUCCUCCCUGACUUCUCUCCGUCGGAACGCCAUCAAUCCGGAUGACGAAGGUGCGCUUCCGGACACGAAAAGGCACAAGAAAACGAGCUACGGUAUGUUAUCCAGCGGUCCCUCAUUACCUGAUCUUUCUCUUUCUGCAGCCGGUCGAACAUUCGACAAUCACGAGAUUUCGACGGCCGCUCAGUCUCACCACAUCCAACGGACCGUUCAGCCUUCGAAGUGCUCCGCAUGCGAUACUCUGUCCAUCCUGUACACAGUUCAGUGUAUUGACUGCGGGGGACAGUGGCACAAGACAUGCUUCCCGAGAGUUAGUUUCCCAGCACAUCGGCUUUAUUCAUGAGUUUGUUUCAGAUUCAACAGGUCUGCGGCCAGGCAUCUAAACUGGUCGACAGACGAACGUCGAUAUUCGGAGUUCCCUUGAAGGGUCUUCUGGAGCAUCAGAACAGACACAUUCCGCUGAUAAUUGAGAAGAGCAUCGACCAGUUACAGAGGAGGGGGCUGAGAGCGAAGGUACGGAAAGAGGGAGGUAUUGAUCUAAAUGAGACUGAUGUUCCAGGGAAUAUACCGCACUUGCGGAGUCAAGUCCAAAAUCGAAGAGAUCUGCAACUCAUUCGAACGCAGCUCUUCUGAUGAUGAAGUCUGUUUGGAGAACGAGAACCCGAUGAAUCUGGCGUCGGUCGUCAAGUUGUACCUCCGCAAACUGCCCGAACCUCUCCUGACCUAUGAUCUUUACGAUGACUUUGUUAAACUAGGAACCGAAAGUUGUUCGGCGACGGCAUCUGGCUCAAGCUGCGAAGACGAGAAAGUGGAACAGUUGAGAGUGCUGAUGAGGAAACUGCCGGUGUGCAACUACGAGACACUCAAGUUCGUUAUGAUUCAUUUGAACAGAGUUUCAUGGUAAGAAGUUACUACUGGAAGGUAUCACCUGAAUGCGAAUGGUUCAGGUUCCAUGAGGUGAAUCUUAUGGGCGCUGCGAAUCUGUCGACAGUCAUCGCUCCCUCUCUUAUCUGGAUGUCUCCGAAACGGGCGGAUCACACGUCGGCCAUCAUGCACGCUCAAUACACGAACAAAGCGAUCGAAGUGAUGAUUCGGAAUGCGUACACGAUAUUCGGAAUGGACAGACAGGCCGAUUGGCAGAGCUUCUUCUCGAGAUACAGUGUGGAAGAGCCGCCGAGAGAGGAGGAAGACUGUGGAAACGAAUCGGACAUCGAGGAUGAUAUCGAGGAUUUGGAUGAUCAGGACAGGUCGGAUGACGACGAUGAUGAAGAGAUAUUCCUGCCGCCGACGCCGGACAUUCUGAAGACGACGAGGAAGCCGGUGGAGCAGACGACAUCUCUUCCCAACCCCAAAAGUAUGUCACAUAAAACAUCAAAAAGAUUGGUAACUCCUAACAAGCGGAGCCCUUAUCGGCGGUGCUCUUCUCAAUUUUGAAUUUAGUCAGUAACCUACUACUAGGGGUGGGAGGCCAUGGGAACCGUCGGACGUGAGUCGACCGGAGCCUCGGAGGGAGCUCUUGGACCGUUGCAUCUUUACGAGCCUAACGGGAGCUUCCAAUCCAUGUUGAAACUUAAUUCAAUCUAAAGUUCGUCAACUACCGGAUAGGAGAUCAAUCUAGACCGAAAUGUACGAGCACCACCUGUCGUGCGAGAAUCUGGUAGCGUUUAUAAGAGAGCGGGUAUGCGGACUACCGACAUCUCACGGGUUCCGCCGACCGCUAUACAAUGCGUUGGAAAUAGGCGGGACUUGGACUGGUCGAGGCGUACACAUGUACGGAAACCUGCCAUGGCAGUCAGAAUGUCUCUACCCAAUGAAUAUUGCAAACGCAUUGAUACUUGCAGCUCCGGUGGAAAGAGUCCCAAGCGGACGACGGGCUAAUAACAAUGAUUCGGUGCCGACGGCGACGAUACAGAGAAGGACGACUGACGUGGCACGACGGGCAGACAUUGGGGACAAGAGAAAGAGUUACACCACUUCAAUUGUGAUCGCUCCCAGAGGUCAGUCUUUCUCAUUUGCACGUUUCGAAUGAUUCCAACUCGACGAAUUCAGAUGCGUCUCCAGAUCACGUCGAUCAAAUCCAGAUAAUCGAACGGGAUGUUUACGAGAAACGGCCUUCUUUGGAACGGGAAAAGGUACGGGGGAAUGAGAGUUUGUUUUGUCCUUUCGGUUGAGUUGGUUGUUGACACAUUCUGAUACUAACCACCUAUUCCUGUGUGCAAAAAUCUCUUAUCAGAAUAAGUUUCGGAAAGAAAUCAGAAUUAACAAGAAGCAGGAGAAGGUAAAGGAGAAGAACUAUUUUGAGAAUUGCGACAAGAAGAAGCGGGGGAGCUCUGGCAGCAGUCCAUUGCUCCAGGAAAUGUUCGCCGAGGGAUCGGUGGGACGGACAAGUAAGACGGAGAAAACGGGCAAGAGAAUGAGAGAAUGAAGCACAAUUGACUCCCUUUCGCUCACGGAAUGAACGGGGAAAGAGAGCUGCUUUUCGGAGGCAUUUCAUUCCCUUUUUGGAUUCCCUGCUUUCGGCUUUUCCUUUCCAAAAACGGGCUCUCUUCUCCGCACUUUGCCCACUCAAACACCCCCACAAUUCACAGUAAUAAACAACUCCAGCCGCAUGUCGUGUUUCCUCCUUCGUUGGUCUCUGCCAUUGACCAGUUUGUUCAGGUUGAAUCGACGCGUCUCUGAUCCGCCCGUUCCGCUUCCCUUCCGCAUGUCGAGCCGAGCAUGAUCCCACUUACACUAGGUCUCCAACAACAGCAGGUUUGCCGCCCUUUUUUCGCUUACCAUUCCUCAUUUUCCUUUUCAUUUCUGUCUCGGUCAAGUAGUCUCUUUCCAUUUAGUUCUCUCCCUCGGUUCAGCUUCUCCCUUAUUUUACCACUAACUUUUCCCAUUUCUUUGUCCUUGGCUACUUUCUACUCAUCAAUUCAGACGGCAAUUUAAUAUUGUCCAUUUCAGUGCUACUCUUUGGCGAGCGAAUGUGCACGUUCUACGGCGGCAGCACCUCUUCGGAAUCCGCCGCGAACUCACCGCUUUCUUCAGCGCCAAUCGACCGCCGAAGACGAAUUCGACGACGAAACAACGCGGAAGACGCGCGGAACGGCGGCGGUUCCGCAGAUGACAAUCGUGGCGCCGAUGAGCCUUCCGCCUCCCCAGAAUAGCAUGAUCGUGUUCGCCGACGAGUUCGAACUGUUCCGAGACCAGCCCGUUUCCUACGUGUAA